UACCUCCAGGGCAGCUUUGAUCACAGAGGGACCCCAGUCCAGGGCAGGCUGAAGAGUCACUCCCGGGACAGAGGUGGCAGCGGAGGGGGACUCUGGAAGCAGAACAGCAACAGUCCGGUCCAUAGUAUCCUGGCCCCCACGCCUGUCUACGUCAGAGCCAGUAAUCAAUCAUGGCACCAGCAGAACAUUAUUCAGCACCUGCAGCAGCAAGGUGGCCACGAGCUGCCUAAGAACAGCAGCUCACCUAACAACACCAGGAAGGAGGACUGCUCCAAGAGCAGCCCGGAGAAUGUGAAGAGUGUAGAGGAGUCCUCGGAGACGGAAGCAAGACGCAGGAUGUGCUCCAACGGCUCGGAUGAGUUCUUCCAGGCUACAAACCAUGCGGAACAGACCUUUCGCAAGAUGGAGACUUAUUUUCAGCACAAGCAGCUGUGUGAUGUUGUCUUGAUAGCAGGAGAUCAUAAGAUCCCGGCUCACAGACUGGUCCUCAGUGCAGUAUCUGACUACUUUGCUGCCAUGUUCACCAGCGACGUGAGAGAGGCCAAACAGGAGGAGAUCAAGAUGGAGGGGGUGGAUCCAGAAGCCUUGAGAUCUCUGGUCCAUUUUGCCUACACUGGUGUCCUUGAAUUGAAGGAGGAGACCAUAGAGAGUCUAUUGUCUGCAGCCUGCCUUCUGCAGCUCUCACAAGUCAUUGAGGUCUGCUGUAACUUCCUCAUGAAACAACUCCAUCCAUCCAACUGCCUGGGGAUACACUCCUUCGCUGACGCCCAGGGAUGCAUGGAUCUGCUCAACGUGGCCCACAACUACACUAUGGAGCACUUCAUAGAGGUGAUUCAGAACCAGGAGUUUCUCCUGCUUCCUACUGCUGAGAUCGUCAAACUCUUGGCUAGUGACGACAUAAACGUACCAGAUGAGGAGACCAUCUUCCAGGCUCUGAUGACGUGGGUGCGGUUCGACGUGGAGCAUCGCCAGCAGGACCUUGGGGUUCUCCUGGCCUACAUCCGCCUGCCUCUUCUACCUCCACAGCUCCUAGCUGACCUGGAGAACAACACCAUGUUCUCAGAUGACCUGGAAUGCCAGAAGCUUCUAAUGGAAGCCAUGAAGUACCAUCUGCUGCCAGAGCGUCGCCUCAUGUUCCAGAGCCCCAGGACCAAACCCAGGAAGUCCACUGUAGGAGUACUCUACGCUGUGGGAGGCAUGGACGCUACCAAGGGAUCUACGACCAUAGAGAAGUAUGACCUGCGGACCAACACGUGGAUCCAGGUGGGGGUGAUGAACGGCCGGAGGCUGCAGUUCGGGGUGGCAGUGAUCGACGACAAGCUGUACGUGGUGGGGGGCCGAGACGGGCUGAAGACUUCCAACAUGGUGGAGUGUUACAACCCUUUCAACAAUGUCUGGUCCACCAUGCCUCCUAUGUCUACACACAGACACGGACUCGGUAUAACAGUGUUGGAGGGCCCCAUGUAUGCAGUAGGCGGCCAUGAUGGAUGGAGUUACCUGAAUACGGUGGAGAGGUGGGACCCCCAGGCUAAACAGUGGAACUACGUGGCCAGCAUGUCCACCCCACGCAGCACCAUGGGAGUCACCGCACUCAACGGGAAAUUGUUUGCAGUUGGUGGCCGGGAUGGGAGCUCGUGUCUGCGGUCGAUGGAAUGCUUUGAUCCACACACCAACAAGUGGAGUAUGUGUGCCCCCAUGGCGAAGCGGAGAGGAGGGGUGGGUGUGGCCACGUACAACAGUUUCCUUUAUGCUGUGGGUGGUCAUGAUGCCCCGGCGUCCAACCACUGCUCCAGGCUAUCAGACUGUGUAGAGAGGUAUGAUCCCAAAACAGACACAUGGACCACGGUGUCCUCUCUGAGUGUCCCCAGGGAUGCUGUAGGUAUCUGUCUGCUAGGAGACAGGCUAUAUGCUGUCGGAGGAUAUGAUGGAACGUCCUACUUGAACACUGUUGAGUCCUAUGAUGCACAGAACAAUGAAUGGACUGAGGAGGUCAAUCUCAACAUCGGAAGGGCCGGAGCCUGUGUUGUAGUUGUGAGAAUACCUUGAGGACUACAACUCCCUACAACGCCCUGGAGUGACACACAGGAAACCGGAUAUGAUGUCACCACUGAUGUCGCUAAGAAUAUGUUUUUUUUUCUACUGUAAAGGCAAACCUAUAUUGCAUUCCUCACAAACCAUUGCUUCUAUCAACAGUGAUUUUCAUUGUCCAAGGAUUUUCUCUUUGAUUAUGAGAAUGUACUUUACCAUAUCUACGGAUCAACAAUCUACAUAGUAGUGGUUCAAAAAGUAGGAAACUCUGCCACACUCUUGUUGAUAUGGUCUGUCAGAAAAUAAUGUUUUCUAUAAUGUUUUCUAUAUGAUACAAAGAAAGAAAUGAAUUGUACCCAUAACAGUGGAAACCCUGUCUAAGCCGGGGGGAUUUUACGACCCAUUUAGCCUGCUGUUAGCCAAUAGAAACACAUUGAAUAACAGAUUCACCACAUGGAACAACAGACAGGAUAGUCCCAAAACAAAAUGUAAAGGAAGAUUUAUUUUUUUAUUUAUUAACAUGUAUUUUAACUCCCUCCUUCUUUUUCUUUUGUUGCACUGAACAGUCUAAGCAGGUCUACGAAGCUAUAUGGAAUUGUUUUAAGAAGGUCAUACCAAGGGUCAUUUAGCUAUUUUAUUUUGAAUUUGAAGACCCCUUGAAGUAUCAAAAAAUAUUUUUUUUUAAUAAAAAAAUGGAUGAACAUUUUUUAUUUGGCCUUACUGCUAUGAGCCAAAACAAACAGAUUCACUACAUAGAACAAGAGAUAGUCCCCCCCCAAAAACAAAAAUCUAAAGGAAGUUUGUUCUGAAGUGUCUUUCCUAUAUCUUAGAGGUAUAAGAAAGACCAGGAAACAUUUGUUUUUUUGGCGGGGGGGACUUGUAUUUAACCCCUUAUUUUUGGCACUGAACAGUCUCUAUAUACAGUAUACUUCCAUACAUUUUUUUCAACUGAUACCGGGGGACAUUCAGACGAGUCUUGCGAGACAUUUACGUGGUAAUGAGAGUCUCACCUUUACACAGAUGGGUCAUAUUAGUGUGUAGCCCAAACUGUUUGAACGCUACAGACAGCAGUUGGCAGAUCGGCUGUACCGAGUUCAGAGAAGUCCUAAGGGUUCGUAGAGCCAAAUGAAGAACACCAUCAUGUGUGUGAGAGUCUCAUCCUUACAUAGAGGGGUCAUAAUAGUUUGGACGUUGCAUGAGAUUUUGUGAAGAAAAAACAAAUUGUUUUUUUGUUUUGUUUUGGGGGGUCGGGGUCUCAUGGUCUGACAAGCAUCAGUCUAGCUGUGUCGAAAUAGGAGGAUAUGGUGGAUUGAGAUAAAUGCAAUGCAACAAAAACACACAAAAAACAGAUAUCCCUUAGCUUAAACUGAGCGAUUUUGAUUGGAGGUUUUUUGUAUUAUGCUAAUUAGAUAUCAGACAGGUGCAUGGACAUGGACCUUAGGGUUUUAAUUGAUGCUUUUACAUGUAUACAGUAACAUUCUAUAUUUGUCUCGUCACAUAUGAAUAUUUUUUUGAUUCAUAUUCUAAAAUAUAUAUCACUCUUUUAGCCAACUGGAAAUGAAUACCUCUCUGUUGAUAACUGGUUCAUUUCCUAUCUGGGUGAAGGUGCUCUGUACCAAUGAUUUCUACUCUUGGACAAACAGUUUUUUAAGAAAGACCACUGUGAAUAAUACUGAAGAUGAUGAGUUUGUUAAGUACAACACCAGGAUGCUUUAUCAGACCAAUUUGAGGAAGUUACUCAUAAUAGAUGUCAGUUUUUUUAGAAAGGAAAGAAAUCUAAAGGACAUUUUUCAAAAAAAAAAAUAGUUUUCUUUCUCUUCCUUUUUUUUCUUGGUUUCAGAUGAAUUACACCAAAGUCAUUAGCCCGUCUCACAAGAUGUUUUGUACCAUGUUUUAAAAAUUAAGUUUACACAAUCGUGAAUAUAUAAAUAUAUCAUAUUGAUAUUUCGCAUUACUGUAAAGAUUGUUUGCAAGUUUGUCUAAAUUGCAGUCAUCUUUAUAACCUCACAUCAUUCCUAAACCAUUAUUGUCAUCUCCAGAUGUUUGGUUUUAUUAUUUUGGCAUUCUAGUUAACAUUACAUUGUAAUUAAACAAUAUGCCCUUCUUUUUAAAAAUUUGACUUCAUGUUUGCUACUGACUUAUAAAUACACUGUGGGCUGGUUUCCCAGACACAGAUUAAGUCUAGUCUAGUACUAAGAUACACUUUCAAUGGAGAAUCUCCAUGAAACACAUGUGUUUUUGUUUCAGGACUAGACCUCGGCUUUUAUCUGUGUCUGGGAAUCCGGCCCUGUGUGACAUUGAGAACAUUACUGAAGCUUGAGUUACUACGUUAUCAUCAUGUGUACAGACUCUUUCACAACAUGGCCUGUUGAGUUUAUCUGUAACAACAGGCCUUUAUUCUGUUUACACUGAGGAUCGUUCAGCUUGGAAUAUUACAAAUAUAUUAACAUGCUCUGAGGUCAAAUGUAGAUUUUUAUCCUGAUUUUUACACUGCGUACAGAUCUAGAAAUAAAACGACUUCAUUGUC